UAAUAGAAAAAACAUUUGGGGUUUGGUUUGGAUAAUGCUCUACUGAGUAUUGCAUUGCACAGAGAGAGGGAGGAGAAAGAGAGAGAUUCAAAUGGCUAUUUCAUCACUGUCUCCAACAGUAAUUGCAUCACUUCCAUUGUGCAAUUCCUCCACCAUUUCAACCAAACCAAAGCUCUGUUUCUUCUCUUUGCCCUCAAAUGCCUCAAAGCUCAAAACCCUGAAGCACUUUCCCUUAUCUACUACUACUAGGGUUUUUGCUGCUCCUGAAGUGUUGGAUUCACAAGAAACCCUAGAUGGUCCUGACACUACAGGCCUCGAGGUUGAGGGUUCUGAAAGUGUGGGUUCUUCAUCGCUCAGCAUCGGUGCAGAUGUUGAUAAGGUGUCUCCAAAGCAGAAAAUUCGAAUUAAACUGAGGUCGUACUGGGUGCCGCUUAUAGAAGACUCCUGCAAGCAGAUAAUGGACGCAGCAAGGACAACAAAUGCGAAGACCAUGGGUCCUGUGCCAUUACCAACCAAAAAGCGAAUUUACUGUGUACUUAAAUCUCCACACGUACACAAAGAUGCCCGCUUCCAUUUCGAGAUCAGAACUCAUCAGCGCCUCAUUGAUAUUCUAUACCCGACUGCCCAAACGAUAGAUUCCUUGAUGCAGCUUGACCUUCCCGCUGGAGUUGAUGUGGAGGUCAAGCUUUGAAGAAGCAGUGCUGCAGCAAACAUUUUAAUGUUGAUUAUUUUCUUUCAACAUCUAUGCCCACUUCCAAAUUUGAACCUUGUAGAAUGCCUUUUGAACAAACAGUAGUUGAAAAUGUAUACAGAUGCAAUUUUUUUGUCUCAAAGUUUGAUUUGUCAAUUUCAUGUGAAGAUGUUACAAUGCUUGGGCAUCUGACUCCUACAAUAUCCCUUUGUAUCAAACUCCUAGAGUGACUUUAAUAUCUCCUUGCCACCAUGUGAAUUUGAUCUUCUAUUUUCUAAUUA